GCAGCACCGUGAACAAGCCUGUAAAAUUGGAUUGGGCAUUGGGGCGGGCCGAGAUGUGGAUGCGCAAUGGCGCCCUCUGCCGAGCCGAGCGAGCAGGGUCUCUCCGAGCUGCUCCAGGACAGCCUGCAGAGGGGCGACGAUGCUCUGCUGUUUGUGGCGGAUGUCGUGGACUUGUGCAACGCGGAGCAGCGGGCGCUCCCGGCAGCAGUGGUGGCAGACCUGCUGCUGGGAGCCAUGUGCGGCAGCGAUCAGGACUGGAGGACAGCACAAUCGUACCUGCUGCAUGCGCUGGCAGCAGGGCUGGCUCCCGCCAAGUACACACUCACAGCGCUUAUGAAGAGAGCCUCGGAGUUGAAGGCACAGAAGCCCCAGGUCUUCCUAGCCUGCCUGCACAUCUUGGAGGAGUUCUUGCCAGCAACGUGCGCCCGGAGAGAGGCAGCGAAUCCAGCAUCCAGGGAGGGUGGUACCGACCCGCCCUCGGUGAUAGACUUCCUGGUGUCGGCAUGCACGUUCCUGCUGGGGGGGGUGCUGCCGGGGGACGGGGGCGAACAGCAGGCGGUGCUUCUCGGCGGGCCUGAAGAGCACGACAUAGUGCGAGUGGCGCUGCGCACGCUACACGCACUGCUGGAGGGGCGUAAGACAGGGGGCCUUUUAAGAAUGGCGCGGAAAGUCAGCCCCCCUGCUUGGGCCCAGCUGAGCGGUGCGCUUGAGCGGCUGGCCCCGUCAUCGGCGGGCCUGCCCUGGGAGGAGAAGCAGCUGGCAGACACAGUGCUGGCGGCGUGGGGCACGGUGCAGUCCCCCCCGUCUGCGGUGUGCGGCAUGGUGGUGGCCAUGCAGGCGGCGCACGACGGGUGGCGGCCCUGGACAGUGGGGGCCGCCAAGGCGUGGCUGCCGCUGGAAAUCAUGCUGGAGGACUGCGUGGAGGGGAAGAGGCUGCCACCCACAACCACGGCCGACGCACUGGCUGGGCUGCUUCGUGUGGUGCGCAGCGUGGAAGGAGCCUCCUGGCUGGAUACUCUCCUCGCUCUCUGGCUGGCGGCGCUGCGCUCAGUGCAAAGGGGUCACGAGGAGCCAUUCCACACUGAGACCCGUUUGAGCCUGCUUCUCGCUGUCGUCCCCAUGGCCAUUCAGGCCGUUUCGGCACCCCCCGCUCCUGCUGCCCCGGCAUUAGACCCCGCAGCAGCUUUCCUGGUCGACUCCAUCCAGCAGGACCUCGUGGCCUCGCUCGACCUGUUGCACCAAUUCCCCCUCCUGCUGCCCCCGCCGCCCGCAGCCUCGGCCGCCGCAGCCCGCCUCUCCCCAUCCCUCAUGGGAGUCCCUCCUCCCAGCCCACGCGCAGGCUCCGCUCUGGGCGCUAUGUCCCCCCUCCCCAGCCCCGCCGUCGGUUUUCACAGCAACCCUCCUGGUGCUACCCCUCCAGAGUCCUCCACUUCUUCGGACAAUGCCGGGAGCUUGCGCGACCUCAUCGUCGACGUCUGCACUGCGCGUAACUUAUUGCCCCCCUCCGAGACGGAUCCUGUUGAUCCCCCUCCCGCGGAGCCCCCCCCCGGCCGCUGGAGGUCGGGCAAGGGCCCCUGGGAGCAGCUGAUGGCGGGAGCGCCCCUGACAGCGUCCCUGCGCGCCGCCAUCCUGGCGAGCCCGGCCAGCCGGCAGGACCAGCUGGAGCGCGUGUACCACAUCGCCGUGGCGGGGACCGACGUGGACGAGCAGGCCGCGGCCGCCAGCACGUUGUGCGGGGCGUCGCUUGUGCGGGGGUGGGCCAUCCAGGAGCACGCUGUCCGGCUGUCGGUCCAGGUGCUGACCCCGCCGCGGCGCGAGGAGCCGAACCGGCCUGAGAGCGCCAGCCUGACGUCCCCCUUCCGCUACCUGGUCAACUUCGCGCCCAUGCUGUUUGCGGCGCUGGCCGCGCUGUCGCAGGCGGACACGCUCGAGAUUGUGCGCCUGCACGGGCAGCUGCCGCACCUGGCGGCCGCGCUGCUGCCCAUCUGCGACGUGUUUGGCGACAUGCCCGCGGGGUCGCCCUCCUCCGCCGACACUGCCGACGACCUCCUCAUGUACUCCAUCUUCUCGCAGGCCUUCCUCCUGCUGACCCGCAUCCUGGAGACGUUCGCUCCCCCGUUGAGCGCGCCCGAGUCGCAGAGUGGCCUCACGCUGCCGGCCCUGCUGGACCUGGCCGGUGCCACUCCCAGCCCCGUCCUCCCCGCGCCCACGCUCUCGCAGUUCCCGCGCGUGGCCGCCUGGUACCGCCAGCACCAGGGCUUCUCCCGCCCCACCCUGGGCGACGCGUGGCAACCCCGCGCCACGGAGCAGCUGCUGCGCAUGCUGUUCCCGGCUGACCGCUCCGCCGGUGCGCAGCCCGUGCUGGCCUCCGCGUGGGACGUCAUUGCGGCCGCGCCCGAGCUGGGGCAGGCGCUGCUGGCCGCGUGCGCCAGCAACAGGCUGCCCGCCAAGGACCUCGCGCAAGGCCUGCGCAGCCUGCUGGUGUACCUGCCCGCGGCGGCGGUCCCCCUCGCGCGCUUCUUCACUGCGGAGGUGGUGCGCGGGGCGUGGCCUGCGGCCGUGCUGAACGGCACCGAGUGGCCCAGCCCCGCCAGCCGCCUGCCCGCCAUGGAGGCCGACAUCACCGCGCUGCUGCGCCAGGCCGCCGUGGGGGGGCCGGCCGAGGCGGGAGACACGGCAACUGUCGCGUCGUGGGGCAAUGCCGUCCCCUCGCUGCCACUGCCCCUCGCGGCCGGCCUCAGCCUCGUGCUGGCAAGCACAAGCGACAUGAGCCACGCGGUGGCCUCCGCCCUAGUGGUGCCCCUCCUACGGUGCGCCGCAGGCCAGCCGUGGCCCACCCUCGCGGUCGUUGCCGCCCUGGUGGCCCCCGUGCUGCGCCAGGGCGCCAAGCAGCUGCCGCCCACCGCGGCUGCGCUCUGGUGCGGCGCCAGUUCGGCGCGCAUUGCCAAGGUGCUGGAGACCUGCUUUCGCACUGCGUUGCACCCUACGCUGGAGCGGCCCUCUGGCAUCACGUCCUUUCUGGGCGAGUCCCGCCUCUUUGGUUCGCGCGGCCCCACCGCCCUUCCCCCCGGGGCCAUGUACAUCCGUGCCGUGCCGCACUGCUCGGGAGCGGCAGCAAUUGCAUCCGCGAUCGCGGCGCACGUGCUGGCCCAGGCGAGCGGCCGCAGCGGGGCCUCGGGUCCCGGUCGCGAGAGCCGGGGCGCCCCGGAGGGGGUGUCGCUCGCGGCCAAGCGGUUGCGGUGCCGGCACGACCCGCUGCGGGAGGCGGUGCCCACGCUGACGCAGGCGGCCAGCCUGGGCGCGGCGCUGCUGGCCAUGGCGGGGAGAGACGCGGUGAGGGCGCUCUUCGUGACGGCGCUGCCCCCCCUGCUGACGGAGACAGCGGGCUCCUCCGAUCGGAAGGGGGGCUUCCGCCCGUACGCUCUGGCUCGGCUAGCGGUGUUGGGGGGUCUGCUUGCCUGGGGGCAAUCUCCGGGGCAGCUAGACAGGCAGGCCUUGGAAGAGCACGUCGAGUUUCUGGUCGGGUCGGGAACGCAGCUCUCGCCAUGGUCAACGGCCAGCCUGGGGCGGGCGUAUGUCGUCGCGUUUACGUCCUUCAUGGUGGGGUACGCUCCGGCGUGGCUGUCAGAGCUGGGAAAUCAGAGCUUGAUGAAACUGAGCAGGUUUCUCGCAGAUAUAGGAUCAAGAGACUUAGCUUUGGCAGUCUUAGACUGCGGCAGCUGGCCAAAUGCAGCGGCAUCUGUCGAGCUCGUCAUCGGAUGAAGGUAUCAGCAUCUCGUCAACGAGUGUGGUCUGCCAAAGGUUUGGCCGCAUCACGACCUCCAAAAGACGCAUGUUAGCACGAAGUCAUACGUAAAUAGGGGAGAAGGUCUAGGAUCAUUCUACAUAAUCGAAAAGCUUGUGCAGGUACAGUCACUUAAGAUGCGAAGAAAAACUUUUAAGUCUUCAUGCACGUUGAUGUGGUUUAGGUACGUGCAUGAACCAUGUGGAGAUGGACUGACUUGGAAAAGGAUUGUACGUCGUCUUUUUAGGGUGCAAUUACGACAACAUACGUAACUGCAAGCAUAUCUGGAGGCCGCGCAACGCGUCACAUAGAAGCUUGACAUCUGGUG